CAUAUUUAGCGUCCCUUCAACACGGUCACCCCAUCAUUUUCCCCGUAAGUGCCCCCGGUGGUUGCAGACCCACAUUUAACAUUAUUUCCCAUAAUGCAACUAUUUACAUUAGACGGGUCUCCCUCUUAAAACAGGAACGCGGGUCGUUACAAUAUAUAAGCCAGUUUAAAAGGAGGAGGUGAAGGCGAAAAGGAGUUCUUGGUGAAACCAGAUGAAACAGCACCUUUUAUAGGUUGAAUUCACUGUUCUCUUCUCUUCUGGGGUGUUACUGCUCCUCACUGGGGGUCCUACCUGCCCCUGCACUUCCCAUAAACCUUGCGCACAUCAUACACUGUAUGAUCAUGUAGGCAGUAAGUGCAGCCUGUAGGUGAGUGAGGUGGCCCAAAUAGGAGGUACAGUCCUCGCUGCCCAAAGCAGCAGCAGCAGGAGCAGGAGCAGAUCUUCAGCACGUACCUGAAGGUGUGGUCAGAGCGCGCAGGUGAAACCACCACCUGUCAUUUGCAUGUGACAGAAAUAAUCCAAAGCCAAUAAAAAAAGGAGACGAAAGGUAAAGGAAACCAAUAGUUUUCAGUCCUGGAAACUAGGUUUGGAGAGACACCUCCUCUUCCUUGGCUGGUGUGACACUGCGUCUCCUGUCAAGGACCUGUGUUUGUGUUUGUGUUUGUGUUUGCGCGUUAUCACCGUGAGGACCUCGUUUACGGACACACUGACUGAUACCACUCAAAACAUGAAGGUCCCGAGCUGCUGCUGCGCCGUGUUUCUGUUGCUCCCCUUGGUGGACGGAUCCGAUUUCCCGGAGAGACCGGGCAGCGCUCUUGUCACCUUUUCCACCGGGUCGAGUUCGAGGUUUGGUCGCCGCAUCGGGAGGAGGUCCGUCUCCAGCGAGCAGCACGGAGUCCGCGUGCGGAGCGCGAGCGCCGAGGGCGCGUGCGGGGCGCUGCGCGGGUACGGCUACGGGUCCAGGCUGGAGAACAACACGCACGCAUACAGCUUCAAUGAUCUGAGUGGCUCAGUCUCCCUGGCGUGGGUGGGAGAUGGUACUGGGGUGGUUCUGGUCUUGACAACAUUCACGGUUCCCUUGUACAUGUUUACAUUCGGCCAGUCAAAACUCUAUCGAAGUGAGAACUAUGGAAAGUCUUUUCAAGAUAUCACAGACCUCAUUAACAACACCUAUAUCCGUUCUGAGUUGGGCAUUGCCAUUGAUCCUCAGAAUUCUGGAAAGGUGAUUCUUACAGUUGACGUAUCAACAAGGUCCCAGGAGGCCAGAAGAUCCCGGAUCUUCCGUUCUGUGGAUUUUGGGAACUCCUUCGUGAGCACCAACUUGCCGUUUGAGCUGCUGACCCAAAUCAUGUACAGUCCCCAUGACAGUCAGGUGCUGUUGGCCAUCAGCAUGGAGUAUAACCUGUGGCUGUCAGAGAACUUUGGGGAAACUUGGAGAAAUAUUCAUCCCAGUGUGUGCCUGGUGAGAUGGGGGUUAAACAAUUCCAUCUUCAUCACCACCCAUCCAAACGGAUCUUGCAGUGACAGAGGGAUGUUAGAGCUAAAGAAGACAACAGACUAUGGAAAGACCUUUAAGACCAUUGGCACCAGGAUCUACUCCUUCGGUGUGGGUGGACGCUUUGUCUUUGCCUCUGUUGUGACUGGGACGGACAACAUGCGUGUGAUCCAUGUCUCUGCGGACCAGGGUGAGACGUGGAACAUUGCGCAGCUUCCUGCUGUGGGUCACGAGCAGUUCUACUCCAUCCUCGCUGCAAAUGACGACGUGGUCUUCAUGCAUGUGGAUGAGCCGGGAGACACAGGCUUUGGGACCAUCUAUGUGUCAGAUGACCGCGGCACAAUCUACUCCAAGUCCUUAGAGCGUCACUUGUAUACAACCAAAGGCGGCUACACUGAUUUCACCAAUGUGACAUCCUUGCGUGGUGUCUAUAUGACCAGUGUUCUCGAUCAAAAUGGUUUGGUGCAGACUGUUGUGACCUUUGACCAAGGUGGUGAGUGGAUACCUUUGCAGAAACCAGUGAAUGUGAUGUGUAAAGACAUGUCUGGGAAUCCAGAUCAGUGUAGCUUCCACAUCCACGCCUCCUACAGCAUGACCAUGAAGCUGAAUGUACCCAUGCUGCCACUGACAGAGCCCAAUGCUGUGGGACUCAUCCUAGCUCAUGGGAGUAUUGGUGAGGACACCUCUGUGAUGACUCCUGAUGUGUACGUGUCAGAUGAUGGUGGAUAUUCCUGGAUGCGGGCCCUCAGUGGCCCUCACCACUAUGCUAUCCUAGAUUCUGGUGGGCUACUUGUGGCUGUGGAGGAUACCUCUCAACCCAUCAACCAGAUCAAGUUCUCCACAGAUGAGGGGCAGUGCUGGCAUAUCUACAACUUCACUGAUGAGCCGAUGUACUUCUCUGGCCUGGCUUCUGAACCUGGGGCGCGCUCCAUGAAUGUUAGCCUCUGGGGUUACAGAGAGUCGUUACUUUACCAGUACUGGGUCUCCAUCACUAUUGACUUCAAGGAGCUUCUCAGUCGAGAUUGUGACACAGGAGACUAUGUUGAGUGGCUGGCACACUCUGAUGACAUCAGUGACCCUAGUGAUGGCUGCAUGCUGGGAUAUAAAGAAAAGUUCCUGCGACUGCGUAAGGAUUCAGUGUGUUGGAAUGGCCGGGACUACGUGGUUACCAAGCAGCCCACAUCAUGUCCUUGCACACUAGACGAUUUCCUAUGUGAUUUUGGCUACUACCGUGUAGAGAACAGCUCUGAGUGUGUAGAGCAGCAGGACCUGGUUGGCAAGGUUCUGGAGCUCUGUCUGCAUGGCAAGUUGGAACAGCUCCAGACCAGCGGCUACCGGAAGAUCCCAGGAGACAAGUGUAAGGGAGGCACCCAACCGGAGCGCAAAGAGAUUGACCUUAGCAGCAAGUGUGUAAGCAACCUUCUGAGCCCAAAGCUGGAGACAUCAACCAAAUCGUCCAGUUCAGCACCGAUCAUAGCCAUCGUCAUUGCUGUCCUAGUGGUCAGUGUGGCAGCAGGGGUACUCUUCAUCAAGAAAUACGUGUGUGGUGGAAGGUUCUUGGUCCACAGAUUCUCAGUGCUGCAGGAGCGUGAUGAGGUGAAUGGGACUGAUGAGCUGGAUACCUGUGUUGCUGAGUCCAACAGGAGGCAGUACCAUGAUGACUCUGAUGAGGACCUCUUGGACUAAAAGAGAGAUACAUGGACAAAUCCCAAGAGCCUACAUCCAAAUGUAACCCAACCCUGGUCCUUUUCUCUGUCUGCUUCUACUUCUCCGCACUUGUUACGACCAGUGCCCUUAUUCCCUAAGUUCCCGUGGAAACUUCAUCAUGACAGACCACCCCCCAACCCUGCAAUAAACUUGGCUAUUCCAGAUGGUAAAUCUCAUCAAUCACUGGCCAUUUGAAAUGCUUCUUCCUUGUUGCUGCUUAUAUCAAUAGCAUAUUACAGACAGAAACAUGGGCAGAGUCCUCUGUGAAAAAGUCUGUGUAGAGGACAUUCUCUUUCUUUAUGCUUUGCAUUGACUUUACACAUGUUUUAGAUGAAUACAAGGGUUAGCCAAGAUGUUGCACCAAAUUAUUGAGGUUUUUAGAAGCUGUAACUGGCAGCAUGGAGUUUUGGGUAAUGUCACAGAUCUCGGCAAAUUUCCCAUGGCGGCCAUUUCUGUGUGCUAUAAUUUAAGAAAAGGGACAUACGUAUAUAUACAGUAUAUUUUUUACAUUUACAUUUUCAAAAAACAAUAGAAAAAUCCAAAUACCUUUUUCUGUAGUUUCACAUUUCUGAGAAUUAUUCAUGAUUUUAUUUCAUUUCUGAUUUGGGAAAAAAAGUGUAUUUUUGAUUUCAUUUUACUGAAUUAGUGAAAAUCAGGGC